ACAACUGAAUUUUCAAUAGCUGCAUUUGCGUCUGCCCUCGCAACGUAAUUAUUGCAGUCAUUGCUUUCCGUGAGAUGUUGCUAUCACAUCAUUACAUCUUGCAGAAUUCUGACCACAGAGAAAGCUAAUUAUCAUUAAGACAAUCAAGAACCUCGAACAUAGCAACUUGCGUUUUCCCGCAAGUUCUUUACAAUUCAUCUUCCAGUCUGUUGCCCCGGGGGAAAAUAUUUAUUCAAGCUUUCAGUCGCUUAGGAUUUGGUUGCUGACAAAAGACUUACGCCUUUCAACAAUUUGGAAGCGUUUUUUCAGAGGAUUUUUUUGUAGCAUUUCGAUUGAAACAAAGUUAACCAGCAAACAGAACGCUCAUCUUGAAAUGAGCGGGCAAUGAAUCUUUGACCGUGAAACGCGAGAGCGAGGAUUCAACAACCGCCCGCCAAUUGAGAACACUGAAGAAUUUGAUCGAAAAACUGACAGUGCCAAGCAAGAUAUAAACUAACUCGACGAAAUGGAACACAGUACCUUGAUAACAUCCACCAGUUUUACGGGGAACUUUUCGACUACUUCUCCGCCAACAAACGGAACUUUGGUAGACAAGUACGCGGGCGCAGCCAUUGCAUUCGUUACAGGAAGCAAGGCUGGGUUGGUCGUAGGAAUCAUUGUAGCAAUCAUCAUUGUCAUAGUGGUAUUGCUGUGUAUCCGUCAAGCUUAUAAAGGAUUGAAGGAGGCAAAGGAGAGAGCUUUGACAAAACUUGAAGCCCUGAUAAAGAGAGAUGCAAGCGUUGAAUUGCUUGAUGCCGCCCCCGAUUUGGAGUUGACAGCGGUGCAGCCGGCCUCAACGGAUAAAAAGAAACUGGAAAAUCUUGGAAGGAUCAAGUUUUCUCUUGCUUACGACGAAGAACUAUCUGAAUUAAGAGUAAAAGUUUACUUCUGCGACGGAUUGCCAAUGAAAUUCGUAGGUGGAACAGUUUACACUUACGUUGAAGUAGAAAUGUUUCCCUUUCAUCGAAUGACUCCAACUAAACCGCGAACAAAGUACAUCAGAAACGAAUUUAGUCCUGUUUUCAACGACGAGGUUCGUAUCAAAAUUCUCAAAGAAGAAGUCGACGAUCAAAAGAUGUAUCUUCACGUGUGUGACUACAAUCAGAUCUCAACCAGAGAUUUGAUUGGCUCCUACAAGUUAGAGCUUGAUGACGUCAGCUUUAAAAGUAAAGCCAAAGAAACUACGUAUGAAGGCGACCUGAAAUGGAUUGAUUCGGUCCGUGGCGCAGAGCGCGGUGAUAUUCUGAUAUCGAUGCGAUAUUACGGAGGAAAUAGCGAAUUAACUGUCAAAAUUAAGGAGUGUAAGGGACUGAGACCCUCCCCCGGAAAAGUGUCUUGUAACUCCUACGUCAAGCUUCACCUUGUGCGAGGCUCAAAAAUAAUAACGUCAAAGAAAACAAAGGUGAUGAAGAAAAACCUCGAGCCAAGAUUUGAACAAGAACUACAAUUCAUAGUAGAGGAAGAUCUUCUAGACGAAGUCAACCUCAUUAUACAUGUCAAAGACAAGCCGCUGAUUGGUCGAAAACGUCUCAUAGGCGAGCUUUGCAUUGGUUGCCAAGGAGUUGGACAGGCGCUUGCGCAAUGGCAGCUUAUGGUAGAGAAGGAAGUGGUGAUGUGGCAUCAACUUGAACUAUUGAAUAUUGUGCCAGGAAAAACAGAUCUUCAAACCACCAUGGCAACUUUGCAUGGCUGGGAAUCGACUUCGGAGGAGGAGAGCGAGGAGGAUGAGGGGAUAUUCACAGGACUCUUACCCGGUGGCUUAUUUUCUUCAAACAAUGAUAAACCUGCAAAAAAACCUAAAAAGCAAAAACUGUCAAAAAAGCAGUCCAAACUUUGACAGCUUUGUUUCGCUAGAAAACAACGUUAAUUUGGAUAUACUUAUUCAAUCCUUAUGCAUGAACUCACCCAACGCAUCUUCAACCCAGAUUCCGCUCGCAAAAGUUGUUUGAAGUUUGGGCCGAAUGUGGAGAUGUGGCAAAGUCAUUACGCAAUGUUUUGCUUUCAGCAAAAAUAACGACAACAAUGAUCUGAAAACGAAAAAAUUCAAAACGGGGUGUUUCUCCGGCUCCGCGAAUUCAAAAUGACGACAGAAAAUAGAAGCUUAGUUCGUAAUCCUAAGCCCUUACAAAAAAUCAUUGGCAAAUACAAUAAAAAUUUAGUACUAGAGCUGGUUAUUCUUAAAGGUUAAAGUCACUUUGGUUAGAAGCUUUUCAGAGAAAUGUGUGACUAUUUUGAAAAAUAAUUGUGACAGAUUUUGAA